GGAGAAUCUGUCGAGACUAACAACCACCAUCAAGUCUCUGCGUGGAUAGCGCCGCGCACACCAUGGUGAACAUUGGUGGGCGGUCAAAGGGUUGCUCGACCUGUCGAAAACGGCGGGUCAAAUGCGACGAGAGCCACCCCAUCUGCAGGCGAUGCCAAAGCUUGAACCUUGAAUGUCACGGCCCUAGAGGCAUUUCUUUCAUCUACGAUAAGCUAGCAGGGCCUAUGAAGACGCAGACGCGGACGGCCUUGUCAGAGGAGGCUCCAGUACUGCUAUCAGCCACGCCCAGGAUCGUCGGCUUCGAUGUAUACAUCUGCUACACCCAGGCGCACCUCAUACGCGAUGGCCUCAUUGCAUCCACCAUAACAGACAUCAAAGCCGCCGAUCUGGUACCCUCUGGUACAGCUGUCGCCAGCCGUCAAGUCUCCCAUCAGGCCAUCAUGAGCUUCGCCACGAUCCUUUUCGGCAUCCAACACCGGCAGGCGGACAUCACCAGACAAGGCUACGCCAUGCACGGUGUUGCCCUGAAACAACUCAACCAGGUAUUAUCUGAUACGACACGGCACAGCCGUGACGAAGUCAUCGUCGCCGUGGCUGCAUUGUCCAUCUCCGAGUUAUUGGUGCCCAGCGGCCCAGAUAACUAUUUGACACACAUGAUGGGCCUGGAAAGAUUGAUAGAUCUCCAAGAUCCUGUGUCAUUCUGGUCUGAAAAGUCGUCCGGAUUCUGCAAAGGCGUACGUUUCAUGAUCCUCCUCGCCUCCCUGAAGCUCUGUAGACCUUCGAUCCUCGCCAAACCAGAUUGGAAGAAAGCCAUGAGAACGAAUUCCUCCUACCAAGAGCUACAGGAGCAGGACCUUUUUGAUGUACUGGCAGACUGUAGCAUCUUGCUUGCCGAGCGCGAUGCCAUGUUAUCAGCUUGGAAUACAAACUCGAUCAACGCUGGAGAGCAGCGAGACGACAUAGAGCGACGAGCAAGCUCUCUUCUUAUUCAUCUCUACGAGUGGAGACGGCGCUGGGAUACCGAUCUUGAGAAUAUUUGCUCCGAGACUGCUGUAUGUCCUUCUGGACUCGAAGAAUCACAGUUCAUACACAAUGAGGACCCCGAGGCGCCAUUGGUCACAGCUACUACGAUCCCGAACGUCCCUGCCGCGAUCAUGUUGAUGCUAUACAACCUGGCGCUUAUGCGUGUUUUGCAGAUUAUAGCGACUCUACCUCUCGAGGAGUCUGCGACACGAAACAUUUUGCAGCAACUCGAGACCGCUAAUGAGUGCCGUGCAAAUGAACGGAUUGCGGCUAGGGAAGCUUGCCGCUGCAUUCAGUACUACUUGUGUAUAAGACGCCGCUUGGACGCAAGCGCUUCACCAAUCAUCCACUGGGCCGUUGCCACCGCCUGGACGGCACUUCGCCGUGACGACUCGAUCGAAGGGGCAUGGAUGCAGGAUUUGUUGUCCAAAAAGGGCCGACAGGUCGCUGCUGAGGGUCUAUGGACCACAUACCUAUGGUUAAACUCGUUGCCUGAGUGAGCAAUCGACAGAUAAUCCAAGGUUGCUUUGUACAAGGUAAAUAAGUGUUCGUUUCAUCAUUUGCGAGUAGAAAUCUUCCAUCCAUUGCAAACUUACAGACUCGAAAAUGCGGCCAGUUAGUUAUAUAAAUAGAAAAGAGUUUG